AACCAAAGCUAAAGCAUUGAAAUAGGAUAAGGGCAUUGCACCAAUUACCAGUGAUUCAUGGAAACAUUAAAUGCAACAACUAUGCACUUUCCUAGAGAGCCCGUAAAUCACGACGAGACUUCAAUGCAACAAAGCGUGCUGUUCUCCGAGAGUCUGAAGGACUUGAAGAACCUUCGAAAACAGCUAUACUCUGCAGCUGAGUACUUUGAGUCAUCUUAUUCCAAUGAUGAUCAAACAGAGAUAGUUGUAAAUACAUUGAAAGAUUAUGCCAUGAAAGCUCUUUUGAACACUGUGGAUCAUUUGGGCUCUAUGACAUGUAAGGUGAAUGAUCUUUUAAAUGAAAAUGUUGGUGAAGUUUUCAAAACCGAACUUCGGGUAUCUUACAUUGAGCAGAGAUUAAGGUCAUGCCAACAGUAUAUUGAUUCCGAGGGUCUUUCGCAGCAAUCUUUGCGUAUAAACACUCCCAAGUACCAUAGAAGAUACAUCUUGCCAGAUGGUGAAGGCAUGCGUGGUCUUGAUGCUGAAGAUGACUGGUCUGAGUUUCGAAAUGCUGUUCGAGCAACGAUUACACAGAGUCCUAUUGAAUUCGUAAACAGAAGCUGUUCUGCUCUAGAUUCUCGAGGACUCUCUCAGGACUCUCGUGAUUUUUCGUUCUCAAAAACUGAGUCCAAAAGAGAUUUAGGACCAGAGAAGCGAAGGACAGUAUCACCACACCGAUUUCCUCUCAUACGAACGGCAUCUCUGGCUAGAAGGUCGAGCACACCUAAAAAAUCUCGGCAAACAACCCCUAAAAGCUCCUCGCGGUCUACAACGCCGAAUCCAAGCAGCCCCACCACUCCAAAUCCUAGAAGACUGUACCCUUCGGAACCUAUUAAAUCAGCUUCAAUGAGGCUCCAUACAGACAAAGAAAUACGCAAAGAUUUGGAUCAUCACCACACAGGCAAAAGCAAACGUCUCCUUAGAUCUUUGCUUAGCCGGCGCAAGUCAAAGAAAGACGAAACACUAUAUACCUACAUCAAUGAAUAUUAACAAACAAUAGAAGACCGACAUUGAACAUGGAUUAGAAACUCAAAUCCGUUUAAUUUUUUACCCACCACUUUGCAAUGUUACCAAUUACCAUGUACGGAGUAUUUUUUUAUCUAUUUAAUACACUGUGCUUAUAGGUGGGGUA